UAACACUUACGGUGCGAGAGCACUCUAAAUUGAGCGUCGGUUGCACUGACUCAGAGAAACAAUCUAAUCUAGUCGGUGCAGUUUCAGACCAGAGUCACCUUUGUGUCGAUUUUAUUUCACUGCUGGAGGAUUUAACAGUUCAAUGACCUAGUUUCGCAAACAGCAACCUGCUGGAAGUGAUUCAUUAAUUGCGCUCAAGCCAUUGUUUGGACUGCAUUUUAAAUGAAGGUGUCCUCGGCGAUGGGUGUGUCGGUGCACGGCAGCCCUCCCCAGCUUUGUUUCUUUGCUGUGUGCCAUCUAUCUCACCAUGGACAGCCUGCUGAGCGAGGCCAAUAAAGGGGCCGGGCUGUUUAGCCAGCACAAACCUCAUCACAUCAUAGAUGCCGCUCGCCGCCUUUACCCUCUAUGACCGACUCUUAGUGACACAAUAAAAGCCUUUAUUCCUUAAACUUGAAAAAAAAAAACCCCACAGGAGCCAUGUAUCUGCUCAUCUGCCUCGGUAUCUUCUGGUUCUUCCCUUUAACCUUGGCACUGGAAGAAGAUUCUCCACUAGACUGCGUCCCACGGAAGUCCGUCUCCUAUCAGGAGGUCAACCCUCAUCUGUUUCAUGAGGAGGGGGUGUUUAAUUACUCCACGAUGCUGCUCAGAGAAGAUCUGGAUUUGCUGGUCCUGGGGGCCAGAGAGGCAGUGUAUGCACUGGACCUCAAGGACAUCUCCAAGAAACAUGCUUCAGUGAAAUGGGAGGUAACAGAGAAGCAGAAAACAGAGUGUCAGAACAAAGGAAAGGAUCCUGAGUUGGAUUGCAAAAACUACAUCAGAAUUUUGCACAAGAUGGAUGAUGACAGGAUGUACGUUUGCGGAACUAAUGCCUUUGACCCAGAGUGUGACUACAUGUCCUACUCUAAUGGAAAGCUGACUCUGGAAAAUAAAGCACAGGAUGGAAAAGGAAAGUGUCCAUUUGAUCCAGAGCAGAGAUAUGCCUCCAUCAUGGAUGAUAAGAACUUGUACUCAGCCACGUCCAUGAACUUUCUGGGCUCCGAACCUGUCUUGAUGCGCAGCUCUCCUGUUUCCAUUCGCACUGAGUUCAAGAGCUCGUGGCUCAACGAGCCCAGCUUUGUUUCUAUGGCUCAGAUGCCAGAGAGUGAAAACAAUGAGGCGGGAGACGACGACAAGGUCUACCUGUUCUUCAGUGAGAAGGCCGUAGAGUGCGACUGCUUCAACAAAAUCGUUGUGUCCCGUGUAGCCCGUGUCUGCAAGGGAGAUCUUGGAGGUCAGAGGACUUUGCAAAAGAAGUGGACAUCCUUCCUGAAGGCCAGAUUGGACUGUCCGGUGCUGGAGGCUCAGCUGCCGUAUAUUAUCCAGGACACUUACCUUUGGUGUGACCCCCAGCAGCACUGGAAGAACUGUAUAUUCUAUGCCAUCUUCACGCCGCAAUCGGACACAUCCGAUCUGUCUGCUGUGUGUGCGUACCGUGUGUCUGACAUCAGCAGAGUAUUUGCGGAGGGCAAGUACAAGACCCCGAUCCAUGUAGAAACCUCCUUUGUUAAGUGGGUGAUGUAUAGUGGAGAUGUCCCGUUCCCUCGGCCUGGAGCUUGCAUCAACAAUGAGGCCCGUAAUGCGGGUAUAACUCAGACGCUGGACCUCCCAGACAAGACUCUUCAAUUUGUCAAAGAUAGUCCUCUCAUGGACCCGGCCAUCCAGCCAAUAGGAGAGAAGCCCCUGCUGGUGCGCAGGCGAGUAACGUUUACUCGCAUCGCAGUGGACCGAAUGCAGGCAGCAGAUGGCGAGAAGUAUCACGUGAUGUUUAUAGGCACGGCUGAAGGUACCAUGCUGAAAGCAGUGAACUACGAUGGAGAGAUGUUUAUCGUCGAGGAAAUGGAACUUUUCCAACAACAGGAGCCGGUCAAAAUUCUGAAAUUUUCUAAUGUCACGCGUGAACUGUAUGCUGGGUCCAACUCUGGAGCAGCACAGAUACCACUGGCCAACUGUGCGAGGUCCUCAACCUGUAUGGACUGUGUUUUAGCCAGAGACCCAUACUGUGGCUGGGACAAGGUGGUCGGGAAAUGUGUCGCACUUUUAGAUUCACAAAGAGAGUUAAUUCAAAGUGUGAAAGAUGGAAAUGCUUCUCUUUGCCCCAAAGCAGAUCCUAUUAAACGACAAGAUCGGUCCAUCUGGCCUGGAGGCAACCUGAAGCUGAGCUGUCCUAGACCUUCAAACCUGGCAUCAACCAGCUGGGAGUGGGACAACCGUCUGUUGAUCCCCUCGGACCGACUUCAGUGGCUGAAAGACGGGCUGCUCAUCCUCAAUGCGUCGCACAGCGAUGGCGGUCUGUACCGCUGCCUGUCUGUGGAGCACUCAAAAGCGGGCAAGUACACAAACACAGUGGCCGAGUACCAGCUGAAAAUAGGCACAGGCUCAGGCAGGGACGGUCAGAUAGUGUUUCCACAGGCUCAGAAGGACGGCCCCUCUGUAACUGGGCUGCAGGUGGUGGUAGCUCUCCUGGUCAUUUCUCUGGUUGCCCUUCUGGUUUGGAAUUUCUACAAAGGUCAUCUGCCUCUUCCCUGGAAGUGUGGGAAAAAGAACAGCAGAAAAUCUCCCGAGUAUGAAGAGGAGAUGGGCGUGAACUGCAGUGAGAGGCCUACACCGGCCGAGGACAAGCUCCUGUCACCUGCACCCGACAGCAGCAGCAGUAACAAUAACCACAGAGGAGGGGAGGCCGGGGAGGAGAACGAUCCCCCAGACGUGAACCAGCAUUCUCUGCAGUACAUCGAUGACGAGUCGGAAAUUUGAAAACGUGCCAAUAGGCACGGUUUAACUCCGAGGCAACCUGGGAAAAACUCUGUGCAUAAACCCAGUGUGCACCAGCUCAGUUGGAAUGAGACUUUUGUGUCGACGAAAACCUCACCUUGAGAGACUGAGAUGCCAAAAGAUUAACUGGACUCUGCGCAAGUACGAGACAUACUUGAAAUUCAGUUUUUUAUGCAGUCUUAUGCAAAUGUUGUGGACUUUUGUUUAUCGUUCUCUACUUUUUAACAUUUUUUACAUUUUUGUAAUAAUAGAUUGAAAAAGAAAUGCACAAAAUAAGAAUUUGAGCCAAUUUAUUUUUUGUAACCAUUAGCUGUAAAACUUUUCUUCUCUUGUAUUAAACAUCUUUUCUACCCA